CCCUCAAUGAGCAGAAACCAGACCACAGGAACUCCUCUCUCAUCUAUGGACCCACUGAACACACUGUCCAACUUUGAGUCAGAGAUGGAGCCAGACAGACAGGGAAACUACUCCCUCUUCCCUGCCUUGGACAACAUGGCCAGUCUGGCAGGAACUGCCGAGGCUCUAGAGAGGUAAGCAAUGCCAAAUUAACAGCAUGCACACACACACAUACUCAUUCUGUUGUUUAUGGGAAGACAAAUAGGCUGCCCCUACACUGGAAAGAUAAUGUUGGGUCUUUCUGCUAGUACGACAUGAGGAUAAGUCUCUUACUUGAAUAUGUAAGCAGGUAGCUUAGUGGUUAAGAGCGUUGUGGCAGUAACCGAAAGGUCGCUGGUUCUAAUCCCUGAGCCGACUAGGUGAAAAAUCUGUCUGUGCCCUUGAGCAAGGCACUUAACCCUAAUUGCUCCUGUAAGUCACUCUGGAUAAGAGCGUCUGCUAAAUGACGUAAAUGUAUUUGCUUUGUCUUAAACUAUGUCUACUGUUAAGUUGCGUCAAUUCAAAUCUGGUAUUAGGAACAAAAGAGGUCAACACGACUUCUAAGAUAUACUAGUAUUUUAAUUAAUGCAAAACUUUCAAUGGUAAAUAUGAUGUUCGUAUAUACGGGUCCACUGAAAUACCACGCAGGGCACUCAGAGAACUAAUCCAUUGUUACAGGUUCUUCUUCAAAUACUCUGACAGAGAUAUUUCCCACUCCCUGCUGGCCAAUCAGAGUAGAGACUGAGCGUGGUUUAGACUUACUCAGCCAAUCCGUUGGCGCACCGGCUGGUCCCAGCCCCUUGGCGCUCCCUUGUUGCACACUGUUGCCAGGCAUACGUUUUUAUCAUAACAACCUGUGGAGUCAGCACCCAAAAGACUGUACGUUCCUACGUCCAAGGACGGUUCACAGACAACAAAGAGGCAGUGUUCGUAUCUGUAAGAAAUACAAGUCUUAUCUGUCCUACCCCCUAACGUUCCUUACAUGAAUCACAGCCUGUUAUGUGAAACAAUUUAUAUCAGUAUAGUACAAACCUAUGCUUAUCAUCAAUGCAUUCCUUCUAAGCUAUUCAUCACAUACAGAUCCAAUUAUGAGAAAAUAGAACCCCACACUACCUAAAUAUGAAUAAGCCUAUUUCUUUCUUUCCACAGUGAACCACCUAACGAUGUUGCAGACAAGCCCAAUCUCACAUGGCUUGAUGCUGCGCAGGUAGAGUAUUUUUUAACACAGCACUGUCUGUAGGCUAACUGUAUUUGACAUUUAAAAUCAGAUUGCUGUCUGUCAGUGAAAUACAGCAGCAAUACACCAGUCUGCUCUUUCCCAGAUUGUACUGGAGGCAGCUGGAUGCCCAAUGCACAUCAAGGAGAUCAAACAGAAAAUCAUUGACAGGGGAUUGGUUCAGUCCAAGUACAGUACAACAUUAUCAAUUCAUAAGACAAACUCUUUAAAGCCAUCUAUAGAUAUACAAUGCAUUUGAAAAGAAAGCCAAAAUGUGUCAACUGCAUUAAAAACAAAAUAUUUUAAACUUUCAAAAACAUUCCUGACAGAUCAACAGCAUGUUAUUCCCAGUAAACAUUCCUCAACAAUCCACAACCACAAUUAUAUUCUAUUUCUGGACAGUGCGAAGUCGAGCCCUGAGGCUGUCAUGUACCGUGAGGUAAGGCUAAUGAGUGAGACAUUUCAAUGGCCAUGAUAGGCCCAAAGCUCAUAGCAUCUCCAUUUUCUUUGCUGUGCUCCAAUGGACUCCACACCACGGCCACUAUAAAUUAAGCUUUUCACAUUAUUUUUGUUAUUUGUGCUGUACAUUAUCGAAGUGGAUAUUUCAGUAUUAGAAAUCUGAAUUUUUUUGCUUUCUGCAUAUUAUCAUUUCACUCUGUGUUGCUUUCCUCUUCCUUUUGUUAUUGAACGACAGGCCAUUAGUUGAACGUAGGACAGGUUUGCACAUCAAAGGCCUGUGCCUUGAACCAGAGAAAAUCCAAUAGUACGCUCUCUGCUACAGUGUGCCAGGACUAGAACAUUCAACAUGAUGCUCUCUAAGUAGCAGUUAACAUAGGCUAGAUCUUUGUCAUUCAAGGUUACAACAGUGAGACCCACCCUUAAGACAUUUGUCAGUUCCCCAACACCUAGGCUUGGCCUUAUUAUCCCACUAUGUUGCAGACACAGAAAGGCAGCAGGAGAUUCAAGAGGAUUGAGAACAGAAAUUGAGUCUUUUCACUGUUGGUAAGUUAUCAUUAUGCAAAGGAUGUCAGCAGAAAUCAGUUUAGUUCAAUUCUAUCACUGCUGAUCUGACAAAUAUAGACAUUUAGGAGAGUGCAGUUGAAGAUCAAUGUAUUUGUAUAAUUAACAUUAUUUAAUAUUUCCUUAUAUAGUCAUUGUAGCUAUGUUACUUUGUAAUGUCACAGUUUUAAUUUUGAGUUGCAUCAUUAACUUUUCCAGAUAUACCUCAUUCACAUAACAUUCUCAUUGUAUGCACAAUCAUAUGAUGUAGAUCGUGGCCUACAUUGCCACUAGUAUUUGAAUGUGGUGUUAUAAUGCAAUGCCCACUGAGUUUAGUCUCUCUCCAUCCACAGACAGAUGAUGAGGGGCAGCAGGCUCUACAGUCCUUCACCACCCAGUCUUUCAUGGCGUCUCCCCCCCUAGUCAAUCUUCUCCAGCUCGGACUCUGCAGCCUCUCUGCCUCCCUUCCCCUCGGGUCUCUCUGAGACCAGGCCCAAGACCAAGAAAGGCCCACGCAAGAACCAGAACGAAAAGUACAGACUAAAGUACCUCAGACUACGCAAAGCAGCAUGGGCCUUGAUAUCUGUGAGUAGUCUACAUACUAAAGACAAUCACUUGAAUCAGUAUUAUUCAAGUUAUUUCUUUAACACAAUGUUUUCAGAUGCAACAUGCUUCUCCCAUUACACUUAGAUGUAUGGAAGAGAAAUGUUGGAGAUGUGUAGUAGACUAGGGUAUUAUAAGCUGAGGGCUGAAGUCACAUGGUAUAUAACCCACAGGAGAAUGCGGCUCUCUGUGAUGAAGUUGCCCACUUAGAGGAGAAGUUUGUGCGAGCAAAAGAGGAGCGCAGGUGAGUACACGUAUGGCUAUGUGUGCGACCCAAUACCUUCCCUUUAACUGUGUUAGAUUUAUGCAAUAAAAAAAAAACCUUCGGACACUGAUUGACAGGUACUUUGAAAACUGUUUGUUGUCUAAUCUCUUGUGCUUUGUUUUCCAGGUUCUUACUGAAAUCACUGUUACAGUACCAGUCUGUGUCAGAGGGGGAGCUGCUCACCACUGCUAGUACCAGCUCUCACACCCCUGUGACAUUCAGCUCCGGCCCAAUGGGGGCGCCAGUCCUGCCUGGGGGUCAUAUCCUGGCCCCUGGGACCUCUGGGGCAGAGGAGGGCCUUCCUAAGAAGCCCAAGAAGGAACGAAAGGAACGAGGCAGGGAGAAUGGAAAAGAGGACGGUGGGUAG